AUGAAGUUCGGAAAGCAGAUUCAGUUCCAACAGAUCACGGAAUGGCAGAACCACUACAUGAGCUACAAGGGUCUCAAGAAGAUUAUCAACUCACUUAUUCAGGAAAAGGCCCAGAUCUCCGUCACCAUCGCCGCCUCGCCACCUCCAGGAUCAUCCCCCAUCGUUCCAGAGGAUGAAUACUCCAAGUUCUUGCAGUCUCAAAAGGCCGCUUUCUUCUUCAAACUGGAACGUGAACUGGAAAAGGUCAAUACGUUCUACUUGCAGAAGGAAUCAGAGCUCAAAGUCCGGCUGCGGUCUUUGAUUGACAAGGAAAAGGUCAUUCUCUCACGCCAAGGGCGACCAGGGACCAGCUCUUCUAUCAAUUCGCUCAAGGAGGCCUUCCGUCAAUUCGAACAGGAUCUUAACAAACUCCAGAAAUUCGUCGAGACAAACGGCACUGGAUUCCGAAAGAUCUUGAAAAAGUGGGACAAGCGGUCGAAAUCCAGCACCAAGGAGCUCUAUCUGUCUCGCCAGGUCGAACUCCAGCCUUGCUUCAACCAGGAUGCCAUGGUCGAAUUGGCCGACAACGCCGCCUACCAUCUCCUCGGACUUGAAAACAUUCAACAGGGCAACAACCGGUCUUCCUCCGCACCUUCUAGCCCUAUCACUACCAAAUCGUCUCCAGCAACUGGCAUCAGGAUCAUCUCGUCCCCAGUCCAACAGCAGAUGGACGAGCUCGAGACCGACCUUUUCAAUGCCCUGACCACCAACCAAUCAUCUUUGGUUCAGGAGAUUCUGGAUAGGCGUCUGGCGACUCCCUCGGCUCUUCAAAAUAGCUCUGUCUCGGCCGAGUCCUCACUCAACAAUUCCGCCAACACUACCACGACCAACACUAGUAACGCCAACAACAAUAGCAACCAGAUCGGUUUGGAGAAUGCUCGCGAGGUUGUCUCACGGGUGUUCUGGAGAUGCUGCUCCGAGACGACGACCUCAGAUGCUGUCAUUCAGCAACUCGUCAAGACCAGACUCAUCAACUUCAAGUUCGUGGACGACAUCAGCGACAGGACAUGUCUUCAUGAGGCGGCCAUGGUUGGGAGACUCUCGUUGCUGAAGUUGGGCGUUGAGAAUGGCGUUAGUCCCGAGUGCACUGAUGUCUAUGGAAGGAGACCCCUGCACUACGUUUCGAUGUACGGUCAUGCCGACUGUGCCACCUACCUGCUGUCAAUGAAGGCGUCCAUGGAGGCUACGGACCACGACGGAUUCCGGCCGCUUAUUUACUCGAUUAUGAAUGGCCAUACCAAGUGCGUCGAGAUCUUUUUGGCAAAUAAUGUCGAGAUUGAAGCUAGCCAGGAGGGCGAUCCCAUCCCUCUCAGUCUCGCUUGUCACUAUGGGCACGAGGAUAUCGCCAUGAUGCUGAUCGGACGUGGAGCCAACGUUAUUGCCUGCAACGCCGAUGGACUGGAACCCCUGCACAUCACCUGCAGAGAGGGUCAUACUCGACUGGCAAAGACAUUGACGACUCGUGGCGCUCGUUUGGACCAGGAGGACAAGUACAUGUGCUGGACUCCAUUGUUCUAUGCCGCCAGUGAGGGACACGUCGAAUGCGUCAAGAUUUUGCUGGAGGCUGGAUGCAAUGUCAAUGUGGUGGACGAGCUCGGAAAGACGCCCAUUUACUAUGCUGCCAGUGAAGGACAUGCCGACUGCGUCGAGUUGUUGGUUGAGGCCGGCGGAAAGAUCGAGGGCAAGGCGUCGGCAAGCGAGGAUACCUCAAUGGACAUACUAGCCCCAUUGACGGGCACCAGCGCGAUCGCCUCGUCAACUAUCUCGAUUGCCGACUCUGCUCUCCCAGCAUCAGGAGUCUUGUCCAGCCCUCCCAGCAUGGAUGACCUCGACAUGGACUUCAUUCCUUCCCUUUCUCUGCCCCCACCCAUCAUCCCCUUCCGGAUCUAUGGACACAAUUACCUCGACAAAAAGUACCAAAUCAACUUGACUCUUGGUCAUCCCAACUACCGUGAGCACGGCAGCCAGGAAAAGUCGAGCUCUCGCCACGGCCCUGUGCAUUUGUAUGGCACAGCUCAGAUCUCAUCUCUGAAGCUCAUCAUCUCCUCGCGACCUGACAACGGCAUGAUUCCCCACAACGUCAUCCUCCCCUUGGGUGACGACAGAGAGGUCUUUGGGUUCCAAGUGGACUCGCUCGAGCACUUCACAGUUGAGUUUGAUAUUUUCCCCACUUUUGGAUCCAAGGCCAUUGGUCGAGCAGUUGCACUCCCAAGCACGUUCUCGUCUUUGGAGUCCUCCAUGGGCAAUGGAGUCUUGCCCCUAUUCGAUGCCCAUUUGAAGGUGGUUGGUGAGCUCGCGUUUGAGUAUUCGGUUGUCAGGCCAUUCCAGGGCGUGCGACUUGAGGUUGGAGGUCGCGUUGAGACAUACUGGAAAUCGACCAACAGCAUUGACUCGACCAUCUCGGCUGCAACAACUCCUCUUGUGGGAACGCCUUCGGUCAUGCCUGUCAGCACUUCGACCUCGGGAAGCGCAUUACCUCAUUCGACAUCGCAGUCGUUGCUGGUCGGCAACAUGAUCCCUUCGUUUAUCACGGCUUCUUCAUUGUCUGGCGAGUACAUUCAGCUUUCUGUUCAGUUGACGCGGGAUUUCGUGCCAGUCGUGUUUGCAAACUGGCACUUGCCGGUUGAGGGUUUUGACCUUGCUCUUUCGGACGUGACUUUUAGUCAGUUCAAGAAGUUUGGCGAGCUUGUCCAUCAGAAGGCGGCAGGAGAUGAUCUAGAUAACAUCAGCUCAUGCAAUACCAGCAGCUGGCGCAGUGGCGAAUGGAGACGCAAGGUGUAUGAGCGAUGGAUGAGCCUGGAGCAAGUCCUGAAGAUUCUUCCCAAGCACAUCGGAGUGAACCUGGAGCUGAAGUAUCCAACAUUGUCGGAGAGGGCGCACUAUCGUCUGACGAACAGCGCAGAGGUGAACAAGUUUGUGGACACUAUUCUGCAGACUGUUUACGACUCUUCUUCGGCCACCCACCACCGCAGCUUUAUGAUAUCGUCCUUCAACCCCGUCAUCUGCUCCGCCGUUAACUGGAAGCAGCCUAACUAUGCGGUAUUCUUCAGCACGUACUGUGGAUAUAACAAGGGGCGGGCGAUAGCGUAUCGAUCGACAGAGGGAUCGACAAUGGUUGGCUUGAAGCGCAAGGAACCCAUUGACCCCGAGUCGCUCCCCUCGCCCAAGCAUGGAUCUGCAGCAGCGCCAUUCCCUAGUCUGACAGCCUCAAUCAGUGUAUCGUCUGUGACAUCUCCUACAACAUCCAGUGGAGCAGGAUCUCCGUUGUUGGCGAGAUCGUCGGCAGUCUCAGUGACAACGAGCGCGAGUGAUCCCGAGUUCCAUGAGGACGACAAGCGGUGCACAUCGAUCAAGGAGGCUGUCAAGUUUGCCCGUAGCAACAACCUUCUCGGAGUCAUCUGCGAAGCUACACCCCUGAUCCAAGUGCCUAGUCUUAUUACACAUAUCAAGGAGUCAGGAUUGAUCCUGUCUAGUUUUGGAGUUGGUAACAAGGAUCCGGCGCAGGUGCAGAUCCAGAAGAGCCACGGGGUGGAUGCGUUUAUGGUGAUGGAGAAUAGCCACUCAACAUCAACGACGACGACGAGUGGCGGUGGGUCAGUGUACAUAGGAAGCAUACCCGAUGCGGAGGAGGGUGUUUUGCGGUAUCAGAACGGAGUCGAUUCGGGAUCCUUCUCUCUUUAA